UACUUGCAAUUAAUAAUGUAAAGUAAAAUAAAUCAACUUUUGAUAAAAGCCGCCUACCGAAAAUAAGAAGCAUGUGUCAAUAAACUCGCAAAGUCGACGGCGUUAGAUUCAUUCAAUGCUUACGAGAAAUUUCCAUUUAUUUUUGGCUAUCUUUGGCUCGUCGUAUUGGACUGAAAGCGUGGAAAAGUUGGAUAAAAAUAGAUACAAUAUCAAAAAAUAUUACGCAAUCUUUGUAAAAACAUUCUGGAGUAUUAAGCAAAUUCCAUUAUAUUCUUUGCAUUUUCGAAUAUGGAUUUACUGUUAUUUUUAACGGCAACUUUACAUCUUUGCUAUACUCCAUUUACUAAAGUGGAGGAAAGUUUCAAUUUGCAGGCUAUGCAUGAUAUUUUAUAUUUAAGACAUAAUUUUACACAGUAUGAUCAUCACGAAUUUCCCGGUGUCGUUCCACGCACAUUCUUGGGACCCUUAUUCAUAGCUAUACUUUCCAGUCCGUUUGUGAUGCUUUUCGAAACGUUACAAAUUAACAAAUUCUGGACCCAAUAUGUAGUGCGUGCAAUGUUAGCCCUGAUCGUAUCAGUUGCUUGGAGUAAAUGGAGACAAGUAGUCUGCAAUCUUUAUGGUUCGCAUGUAAGCUUGUGGUUGAAUUUAAUAACUUUAACGCAAUUUCAUCUAAUGUUCUACAUGAGCAGAACUUUGCCAAACAUUAUGGUGCUGCCUAUAGUCAUUUACGCUCUGACUUGCUGGAUAGCUCGUCAAACGAAGCCCUUUAUUAUCUAUUCUGGUGUCGCAAUAUUAAUAUUUCGUUCUGAGCUCUCGAUAUUUUUGGGACUUCUGUUGUUGAUUGAUGUAGUCUUUAAAAGACUCACUGUACAGAGAAUAUUAAAAAUUGCUACGCCGACGGCUGUUUUAGUUUUAAUCACAUCCGUUGUCAUCGAUUCUUUCUUUUGGCAACGCGUCCUUUGGCCUGAGGGUGAAGUUCUGUGGUAUAAUACAGUUUUGAAUAAAAGUUCAAAUUGGGGCACUUCGCCAUUUUUAUGGUAUUUUUAUUCAGCUUUACCAAGAUCUAUGAGUUGUUCAUUGAUGUUUGUUCCCUUUGGUUUGAUUAUGGAGCCUCGCGUCAGACCUUUAACAUUUGCUGCGCUUGGUUACGUACUCAUUUAUUCUAUAAUGCCACAUAAGGAAUUGCGUUUUAUAAUCUAUGUUCUUCCAGUUUUUAAUCUUACGGCAGCCGCAACCUGUGCCCGCUUUUGGUUAAAUGCUUCAAAAUCCCUGAUACACAAAUUUUUGGCAUUUUGUGCGGGCGGACAUUUAUUGUUAAAUAUCCUCAUGACAUUGUUUUUAUUAACAGUGUCAAGUACGAAUUAUCCUGGAGGUGCAGCUUUAAGCCGCUUACAUUCUCUAGAGCCAGAGUUUUCGAAUGUCACCGUUCAUAUAGCGAAUCUCGCGGCCCAAAGCGGAGUGUCUCGCUUCUUGCAAAUGCGUACAAAUUGGCGGUAUUGUAAGAACGAGUACUUGAAUUACACGCGCGUGGAAUUAAGUCCAUUUUCGCAUUUAUUGGUAGAAGCUAAGAAUAAACACAAUACCCAUCUGCAGGAGGAUUUUGAGACAUUGGAGUUUGUCGAAUGUUUUCAUAGUAUCGGUAUCCAAUAUAACUCGUUUACACCAGUGCGCAUUAAGACGAGGCCUUGCUUACUAAUUGUAAGAAGAAAAUUUUACGAUUUUGGUAAUCCAAUUGAAGAAGACAACGCACCUUCAGAGGAAAUUGAACUGCAUAAUUCUCAGGAACAAAUUUCUAAUGAUGAAGGAAUUUCUUUGCGAAAAGAGCGUACAGAAACUAAAACAGAUAAAGCGCGUAAUAGUGAAUAUGAAAAGUUAAAGGGAACAAUGCACAAUAGAUCUGAUUAUGUUGAGACGCUGAGCCGAGAAGUGGAUAAUCUAGAAAGCUUAGUCCACCAGAGAAAAGGAAUCCGAACCGACAUUUAUAAGCAUUUAAAAGAUAUUAAACACAAGAAGCCAAUCAGAAAGAAAUUGAGUACACCACUCGAUGAUGGGAACACUGGAGGAGUGGAUUCUCGUAAAGAAUUUCGACUCGCUAAGCAAAAGUCGUUCGAUACGAAUCAAAUUAAUUUUGAGGAUGUUGGCGAAGCGACUCGUAAAGCUAAAACAACAAAGCUUAAACUACGCGCUAUAAUUGAAGAAUAUUAUCGCUCCAAAGGUCGACAAACGAAGAAAGGUGAUUUGGAAACAAUGGAAGAGAAGUCUUUAACAGCACAACAGUCUAUGGAAGCUACGAUGAAAACAGAACAUAUGAAACAAAUAAUUGAAGAAAUAUCUUCGAUGGACCUAUCGCAAUUAUGCAACUUGGAUAAAAUUUCAAGGAAAGCAUGUCUAAAAAUGAUUAUCGAUGAAAUUGAGGAAGAAAGUUAAGGAAACUAAAUCUAUUUGAAUUUCUAUUAAAUACACCUAAUUUAAAGAAUCGUUUAGUUUUUAAGUC